AUGGAUAAGAGGCAUUACUUUACUGAAAAUAUAUUCUAUGGGCCUCCUCCAAAGGUUCCUACUACAUUCAGCGUGAAAGAAUAUGAAGAUUCAAAAAGAUCACCUACUAAGGCAAAUUCUGCGUUCCAAUUGAUCAAGAAAUGUUUUGAUCUCACAGAGAAGAAAGUCUCAGAAUUAAAUAACGAGAAUAUUUAUAAGUUUGAAGAUGUUAAGGAGGCAGUGGUGUCAGCUACUGGGUUAUCGAAUGCUGCUUCUAUAAAUGGUAAAUUAUGGAGGGCUUGUCGGGAGAUCACACAUCAAAAGAUUAGACAGUCCAGUAUGCAAUCAAGUAGCAACAGCAGCACUGUUAGAAAUCAUAAAAAAAAUAAUAAUAAACCUGUUAAUCAAGCUACAAUUGUAAGAGAAUUUUGGUACUAUAUUAUUUCUAGAGAGAUGGAGAUUUUUCGUGUUAUGCUCCUACAGUAUCAAAAAGUUCAUCGUGAUAUUGGAUCUGGGAAGUAUUGCGACGGUAAAAUUUUUAAUUCAUUUACAAUGAAGUCUGGACUAUUAGUGGAAGAACUUUUUCUAAUUCUUAGUUAUGUUCUGGAAAAUUUCACCAUACUUGUUUAUGGUGAUCGACAGUAUAACGAUGCUAACACAAUAAUGCAUUCUAUUUUGAUCGGUACAAUAAUAGAUACUUACAAGGACAACUUUCCAGCUUUUGUUAACGAAUUUCUGGAUUCUCAAAGAUCCCUGAAUGUCGAUAUUGGCAAAUGGUUACAUGUUUGGGUACCAUUAAUCCGUGUUCCGGAUACUAUUGACAUGAAGGCAAUUUACUUUGAUAACGUCGAAAAAUAUUACAGUGAAAACAUUCGUAAGCCAGCAUUUGUUGGAUCAACGUUUGCAUCUGGUUUACAGGAUACAAUGGAACGUGAACUUGAAUUCGCUUCGCAUUUUAGGGAAUUUAGUUUAGAGACUUUAUACCGAAAAGUUUGGAGUAGCCUACUAUUCAAGGCAUCCCUUUAUCCUAAAAUGUUUUAUCUUUGUAAAAAUGAUUUUAGAUAUAAUAAACAGGGGAAAAUACUUUUUAGAACGGUUGUUACCAAAUUUUGUAAAAAGGUCAGUCAAGAUGGACGGAUAGACUCACAGGAUUACCUCAAUGCUCAAAAAAUGGUUAUUUCUAGCAACCUUAAUGGUUGUUUUAACCCAUUAGAUAAAAUUAAAUUGGUACGAACUGUUUGUGAUUUACGAGGAUAUUUUCAUGACCCUGACCAAGAAGAAAUACUUAAGGGCUGUGUAAAUGAUUUAUUAUUGAAUGACAACGUAACAAUGAUGGAUAUUUUUUUGGAAACAUUUAAAGAGGAAAUUAAUUUAUCUCUCGAUAAGUUACAUAAACUAUCUGAAAAUGUGGAAGAAAUGUUCCGGGAUAGUAAUAAUAGACUAUCCAUUCAUGAUUUUAGACGUAAACAAAAGUUAUUAUUUCCUCAUUCUUCCUAUUUAAAUCAAUUUGUUAAGAUUCCAAAAAUAUUUGGAUUUGGAUCAAAUUUGCCCAAAAUUAUAUGUGAUUAUUGUUUCAAAGAACUUAUUAUUAAUUUUGAAGAUUUUUCAAUGUUAUUCAGAAUACCUCGUAGUCCAUUAAUGAAAUUAAUUGUUGAAUUAAAGAAAGGAUAUAGUUCAUCAGAUGACAUAAUCAUGUUAGAGAAUUUAUUAAAGGAAGUGUCAGAUAUGUCUAGAUUGACUACAGCUUACAAACAUUUAAAUGAAAAUGAAAUAUUAAAGACAAAUAUGAUAGUCUUACAGAGAAGCAAAUUUAAUGAUAAAUUUUCAGAAAGAGAUUACAAGGAUAUUAAGAUACCUCCUGAAAUUCAUGAACAAUGGAAUAAAUUAAUGAAUUUUUACGAACAAAGAAUCAAUAAUGGUGAACUCCAAGAUGUAAUACCAAUAUAUCAGUUACAACGUUGCGAAGUAAAUUGUCCAUUUAAUAUUCCAGGAUAUGAUAAAGGAAUUACAUUUGAUGUAACACUAUUGCAGGCAUGUGUUUUACAAGAAUUUAAUGAUAGAGAUGAAAUAUCCUUCAAUGAAUUAAAUAAAUUGACCAAAUUAGAUAAAAACAUUUUACAAGCUGUAUUGAAAUCAUUCGUUUCAUCACGUUUAAUGAUUAAAGAUGGUGCCAAUGUCAAAUUGAAUUUAAAUUAUGAACCCGAUAUUGAUAAAAUCAAAUAUAAUAAGAUUAUGAUACCUAUGGGUAAAAUAGUAACUAAAAAAUCGGUUACUGGAUCCACAUCGAUAUCUAAUUCAUCUCGAACCACUUCAAACACUGUUCAACAUCCAGAAGGGUUAAGUUCCCAAUGGAAACAAGAAUUAUUGAGGGCUGCUAUUACACGUACCAUCAAAAGAUCAAGAGUACACUUUGAGGAACAAGAAUUGAUCACUAAUGUCAGAGCUCAAGUCAGUGAUUUCAGUAUUGGUGAAUUCAAAGCGGCAGUUCAAUUUCUAGUACAAAACAAUUACAUCGUUGCUGAUGGCGAGAAUUAUGCAUACAAUCUAGAUUAG